GAGCAGAAAAAAAAUAAAAACCAUCAGUCCGUUGCAAGUCGAAUAGGUAACCACAAUAAAAGACCUUACAUAUGGGUCGCUAUUGAUGUGUUGACAAGACAAGCAACGAAGACUAUUAGACGUUAAUUAUAAUGAUAUUUAUAUGUUAAAUAUUUAUUAUAUUGUAUUAUAUUCAACAAAAGUAGAAAACGCAAACGAUGGUAGCAGACUCGUGUGCUCAAACACAAUAACAAAAUAAUGGUUGUGCACCGCACUUGUCGUUGCUUACACAAUGCUUCAAGUGUUUUCGUCGAAUAGAGGAAAAAAAUAAAGUUCGUUUUAAUGAUUGCGACCUUCAAUAAUGCCAUCUUGAUAAGUUAUUUAUUUUCAGCGGUGACAUCAUCGAACAGCAACUCGGUGACUUAUAUAAUGCAAAUGGCGAUUAAUGAUAUUUAACUCAAAAAAAAAAAAAAAAGUAAUAAACAAAAAACAAAAACAAAUAACCUAACGUUGAAGUGUGGCAGCGACGUUUAUGUCCAAAAACCAACAUCAACGAAAUUCUCAUGGAAUGUUGACCAACUAGACAAGAGGAUCGAGCCAUGGACAAACAGGAAUCCGCUUGCACCACUAUUUUGGAUUUGCCGACCGAACUGAUUGUGCACGUAUGUAGAAAUAUCCAGCUGACGUACCAAGAUAUUGUCAACUUGACAAUAGCCCAUCAUAAAUUCCACGAGUGUAUAUUCGACGAACAAAACUCCAGUCUGUGGAAAACCAAAUACUUCCAAAGGUAUGGAACGUUGGAUGUGAACGAAUACGAAAUUGUUAUUGACGAACAAAACACUUGGAAGAAUGAAUUCAUCUAUCGCAUGAGCUUAGAACAUUAUGUUAACGAAGAGAUCUCAGAAAUGCCCAGCAAGUACUUAAAGUAUAAGAAUGUACCCUAUCACUUGUAUCCAUUUAGCUCACAGUUGCAUUCUUCCUACCAAGCUCAUCGUUUUUACGUCUUGUCGGCAAUUUUAAAUCAUUAUAAACAUCUUAAAUACAGCAAUCUUUGCAAUGAAAAUUACGACAAGUUGUACGUGGUGCAUCAUUUUUUAAUGUAUUCUUGUCAAGUAGUUUUUGGAUAUAAGUUAAAAGAUUUUUUAAAAUUGCCGCAAUCUGCUCAAACUAUUGAACGUGGGUUCUAUCUAUUAGGAAGAUGGUGGUGUCCUAUUGUUGAAACAUCGUACAACGAUAUGAGCAAUUGUCUAAACAAUAUUUCCGCUGCAGUGUGUAAACAUAUAUGGUCAAUAAACCCGACACAUCCCCUCGUGGAGCAAGAAAACUAUAUGGAUCAGGUGAUUGAACGAAGUAAAUCAAAUUUGGACUACGAUUUGUUUGACGAAUCCAACACCAUCACGAUACUCGACUCCAUCAGACAAGUCGUGUUUGUAAAAUACGCUCAGUUCAUUUGCAAUUGCCACGAUGACAUAAAUUGUUUUUUGUUACAAAAAGUACUUGAACACAAUCGAGGUUCGGUGUUUUUGCUGUGCGUCAUUUACGAGUCUGUCGCUAGACGAUUAGGCGUCAAGGUCAAACUGACCGCAACGUCUGUUCACAACUUUGUGACUUGGUCGUCUUCGUGGCCUGGUUAUAAACAUAAAACGAGACCGUGUUAUUUGAUAGAUGUGGCUGGCGGCGGAGUUAUGCGUUUAGCAACAGUUUGUCCGGUGUCGGGAAAACUGCCGGGUCAUUACAACGGAAACUCUAUACCCGACUUGUUUUGGACGUUUAGUAAGUCUAUGGAACAACUCGCCUCGACAACCUUUAAAUAUGUACUGGACUUCCAAAAACUGAUGAGACCAGAAGACAUGGAAGUGGAGUAUAAAUGUCAGAAAUUCCAUUAUACUUACGACUAUUGCCGUUGCCCUCUUAUUAGAGACUCGCUGAGUCCGUGCGCGCCGAAUCAUAUAGACGAGAGAAACACUGUGUACCAAGACUAUGAAGAAAUGUUUCCCUCGGUACCCAAAAGGCGUGGCACAGCCAAUGAUCCAAAGUUUGCAAUCGGCAUGAUGGUCGACGUGAUUGGAAAAGGAAGUAUAGACGAUCCGGGCAUAAUUAUAAGACGUGGCGUUGUCGUGGGCUGGACUGGAAUGCCCAAUGCGGAACCGUUGCCCAAUCUAAUUGUUUACUACGUGCUAAUGAGACCCGAUCCAGAACAUUACUGUAACUUUUCUAGGCAACAAAAUCCAGUCAUAAAAGCAAUAUGGGAAACCCGACAAGAAAAACUAGAAAGAAACCUAAUUCCGACUGACCAUCAUUUCAAGAACAUAGGUAAAUUUUUUACGCAAUUCAGUCUUGAACUUGAUGCUUUCGUUCCAAUCAAGGCACUGGCGGACCUUUAUCCAGACGACUUGGAGUACACUAUCGCUGAAAAGAAUAGACUCGGUGACCCUAUCAAUGUUCCUAUGUAUUAAUGUGUACGCCACUGUUUUAUAUAUAUAUAUUGUAUAAAUAUAUAAUAACAAUUAAGUGUCUAAGAUUAAUUUUGGGCACCGCUCAAAUUUUCAGUACUUACAUGCGUUAUUAUAUUUAUGUUUUGUCCUUAA